AUGACGUCUACAUUUUCUACACAUCCCAGGCGGCUGCCACCCAGGGCCGCAUCUAUAGACUACUCCCUCUACCUCGUCACCGGCCGGGAAUUAUUACCGCCUGGGGUGGACUAUUACGAACACCUCGACCAGACACUGCGCGGCGGGAAGGUGACGGUGGUACAGAUCAGGGAGAAGCAUGUGGAUAAUGGAGAAUUCCUAGACAUCGCACAAAGGAGUUUGGCGAUAUGUGACAAGUACUCGGUCCCAAUGCUCAUCAACGACAAUCUCUCCGUUGCACUCUGCCUCCCGGACCGGGUCGGACUACACAUCGGUCAGGAAGACAUCCCAGUAGCAGAGGCACGGAAUUUGCUGGGUGACGAUCGGCUACUAGGCCUCUCUGUCCACACAGCAGAGCAAGCCAGGCAGGCACUGAGCAAUGGUCAUGCAGACUAUGCUGGGGUAGGACCAGUGUAUGGGACACAAAGCAAGGUCGGGAUCACAUCCGACAAGGUGCUCGGUCCAAAGGGUGCUGCAGCGGUAGUUGCGGCACUCUCUGAUCCGUCUUCGAGCAGGCGGAUACCCUGCGUACUGAUCGGUGGGAUCAACGCUGCCACUUGCGCUCGGAGCCUGACUGGAGCAGCGAGUUAUGCCAACCAGCCAGACGGAGUGGCCGUCAUCUCAGGUAUCGUCUCGCGGCGAGACCCAGAGGUCGCAGCUGAAGAGCUGUCAACUAUCGUUGGCGACUUCAAGUCGCGGGUUGAAUCAGCUGGCAGAGCGCCUUCGUCCACGAGGUGGCAAGACGAGAGUUUGCCUUUGCUAGCCGCAGACCUCCUCGCCUACCACCGCUCGGCACCUCUCGGCCCGCCUCUGAUCCAGACGAUCACAUCCCACGUCUCCUCGACGAUGUCCGCUAACAUCGCCCUCGCAUUCUUCUCGAGCCCCAUCAUGAGCCACCAAGAAGUCGAGGCAGCAGAUCUAGGCCGGGUGACGGGGGCAGUCGUGCUGAAUAUCGGCACCAUCUCCGAGGAGUCACGGAGAGGGAUGACCGCCGUGGGUCGCGAGGCCAACCGAGGCGGGAAGCCCGUCGUCCUUGACCCAGUCGGUGUUGGUGCGUCUGCCUUCAGGAAGAGCUGCGUGGAACAGAUCCUCAGCGAGACGCAGGUGACCCUCAUCAAGGGCAACGCAGCCGAGCUGGGCGCCAUUGCCGGCAUCACCGAAGUCACCUCGCGCGGCGUGGACAGCGGAGCGGGCACGCUGAGCGACCCUGUCAGUCUAGUACGGACGCUAGCGCGUAGGGAGAAGUGUCUGAUUCUGCUUACGGGAAAGACAGACUAUCUGUCUGAUGGAGACGCUGUCUUCUUGUGUGAAACUGGACAUGAAAGGGCGAGCCAGAUCACUGGCACAGGGUGCGCACUGGGCGUCAUGCUCGCGGCGGGUAUGGCCAGUGCCUGUAUACAGGCCAAGCAGUCGGCGCAAGAGGGCAGCACAGGAGUAGCCCACAACGAGACGGCCUCUCUGACGACUUUGCUUGUCAAAGCCAGCCAUCGUGCACUGCUGCUUGGAGCUCUGACAGGUCUCCUCACAAUGAACAUCGCAGCGGAGCUCGCAGCCGAGCGCCACGACGUGCGUGGUCCAGGUUCCUUCAUCCCUGCACUCAUCGACGAGAUUGCGAAUUUGGACGCUGACACCCUUCGGAAGAGGGCAAAGGUGAGGCUGGCGUGA